CAAAUGGUGGUGCUGCCCGCAAAAUCGAUUUAUCUCGCGGAAAAAUUUGCAACUAAUUUCUUCAUUCUCUUGAUUUUCAAAAAUUGAAUCAGCGAUUCUCCAUAAGGGUUAUGGAAAUUCGAACAGAUGAAGGUUCAGAACCGCUGCUCCCGAUCCCUGUUUCCACUCCAAGUUUGAAUUCAACCCUAGACUAUGGAAAUUCUACUCCAAGUUCCUACAGUUGGCUUUUCCAGUGCCAUGGAUUUUGGUACAAACUGUUUCUGAUUCUGCCCAGUCUUCUUUUCGUUCUCUACUUGGCAUUUCGGGCCAGAAAGAGUUUGUCCAAGCUCUCCAAUGGUCGCUCUUAUAUCAUAGUUGCUUAUUACGGGACUCUCUGGAUCGUUACCUUGCUCAACUUCGCUUGGUGCUUGUUUCAGGCAUGGGAAUGCACCUCUGGGAAAGAAUUAGCAUGGAAUGUCUUGUCCUUAUCCACGACAUCUGGAAUGCUAUUCUUGGAAGUCAGUUUGUUGGCCUUUUUAUUUCAAGGGAAUCAUGUGGGCAGUGUAGAAGCACUUGCACGAACUUUCAUUGUGUCAGGAAUUUUCGUUGGCCUGGACUUGGUUCUGAAGGCAAUUUAUUUGUUUGGGUUUGGAGUUCCAUUAUUCAUAUUAAGUGACGACAGUACUCAUCGAACGAAGUGGAACUUGUGGGUGGUCCACCGUCUGUUGAUUACUGCAGCUUAUGGUUUUAUAUUGUUUAUGUACCAUUCAAGCCAUAGAGAGAAAUUACCAGCAAGACCUGCUUUCUACAGAUACGUUGUUAUCAUGGCUUCUUUGAACGCUUUAGCACUGUUUGCUUGUGGGCUCGCUGGAAGUGGAGCUGGUUUUGGUUAUUGGUUGUACGGCGCCACUGUCGUCUGUUAUCACGCCUUCUAUCUUCCCCUUCUAUAUGAAAAUUUUCUUGCCGACUUCUUCCAGGAGGAUGAUUUGCAUUUGGAGAAUGUAUACUAUUCAGAGAUGAAGGAUGCUGGUUUCUUUGACACUGACUGGGAGUGAGUGAGAAUGUCGAUUCCGAGGUUCGUUGCUUUUGUAAAUUUACUCAAAUAUAUAUUUACGGUAUUGCAAGAUGCAGGUAAGAAUUUGGAGUGAGAUUUAUGUCUAAUAAUCAAGCUAAAUCUUCAAUGUUCUCUGAAAGCCCGCAUCAUUCUUUACAAAGAUGUGUGUGUUUGUGGUUUAUUUGAGGAUUCUUUACGGUAAAUCUUAAUCUGUAAAUAAAUUAAUGUUGGUAGGGAAAGUAAACAAAUGUAAUUGGAAUUUCAAGUUAGGUUAAAUUGCCGACUUGGUUCAUACGAGGUCCUAUAGUUUUGAAAGCUUCAAACUUGCAAUUGGGGUUGA